UGUCAUAAGUGUACCACUGCCAUCCAAUCCUUGUUAAUCCAUGAAUUUACUGACAGCUCACUAACUGUUGGUGGGAAGCCUUUUCAGUGUGUUUAAUGAUGACUGUCAUUUAAUGAAACCAUAAAGUGGCCUUGCCAACCCAUCAUGUUUUUAAGAUUUUCUUACAAUUUUAAGGGAACUUUAUUAUCACAUCAAUCACUGCUAAAAAAAAUUAACCCUUAUUGACGUAGAUCUUGCAAUGAGAGUGAGUAUGGGGAUGAGGGUAGUACACACCCACUAUCAUUUCAUGAUUUCAGCACCAGUUGCGAUUAUUCUUAGCGACGACACACAAGCACAACUACUGCUGUAAAGCUAUGGGAAGCACAGGACGGGGAGAUUUGACUUUGAGUAAUAUUCAAGAAGUAUUUUGGAGUUGUGGUUUAUUUUGAUGUCUCAGUGCAUUGACAGGUGUAUCCUCGACUAGGAAGCCUCAAUUUAGGGCACUCUCUAAGCUACAAGGAAAGACAUCCAAGUUGUUGGUCAAAACUCUGUCAGAGAGGUUGACACACUGAGUGGAUUUGCUGACUUCAACGCAUGCAUGUAGUCCUGCACACUGUUUAGAGUUCAGCGAUGGCUGAUGUCCUUCCUGAUUCUUUUGGCCUUUCUCCUGUUCUCAUCACUCUGCGGACUUGUUUCAUCACCGUCCUUGCAAUCGUGAUUAUUGUUGGAAAUAUCCUCUCUAUCACUGUGACGUGUCGCGUGACUUACUUGGCCGACAGCACCAAGGUUCUGAUGAUGGCGCUGGCCGCCUCCGACCUGCUCGUUGGUUUGUUAUCCCUUCUCUUUGCUGUCUCUUCGGCACUGGACAGAUGGCCGUUUGGGACAAUUGGAUGUACAUUAGUAUCACACUGUAUAUUCAUUGGUUUGUUUAUUUCUAUAUUCUCUAUCACUGGUCUGAACGUUGACCGGUACAUCGCUAUCACAAGGCCUUACAAGUUUCCUGUGUGGUGCAGCAAACGACGUACUGUAAGUUUUGUAGACAUUGUCUCAAUUUUAGCCGUCUCUGGUUCAAUGAUUCAGUAUAUCUUUGGACAACAUAGUAAGUACUAUCCAGCCAUUGCCAUGUGCAGUUUUAGCUAUACUUCAGACGCUUCGAAUAUAUUGCUAGUGUUUGUAGCCUUGGCCAUUCCGACACUAGUCAUAACACCCAUUUAUUACCGCAUCAUUCGAAUCAGUCGACAACACCAACUGCGUGACAAUCCAAAUAAUGAAGGCAACAACGUUCGAGACAACAAAGCUCUGAAAGUGUUUCUGAUGGUCACCUUGACAUUUGCCAUUUGCUACUCACCGAAUUCACUCCUGCGCUUGGUGGAGGGUUUAGCUAAUUGGACCAGCCCAGAUUGGCUCCAGUUCAUAGCCGAGUGGCUUUUCAUUGCUAACAGCGCUUUCAAUGUAUUCAUUUACUGUCUCUUCAACAUGGCUUACCGACAGAUGGCUAAGAAAGUUAUUCAAGAGAGAAUCCUGUGUUGCAAGCAUUCUGCUGUGGGACCAGUGAACAUCUAAUAAUGAAACAGAACAUGUAACUCUGGUUGACCGUACCAGUGACAGAACCAAAUCCUUGACAAGGAAGAUCUAUCAGUAUGUCAAUACCCUGAAAAGGGCAACAAGGACAGACUACAACAGAGCCAGCUGCCUCCUUAUGGAAUAAGAGAGACUGGAA